CGCACUAAUAAAUACCCCCGCUUAAAGUGCUGUUUCACUUAGGCAAAAAGCUAAGAUACACACGGUUCUUGUGUGACGAUCCCCUCACUUUCCGGUGAAUGGCCGAAACAGUGCGGAGACGUCGAGUUGAGCCGAGGAGCCACCGCCAACUGCCCAACAAGAUAAACUCGGUAAACGGCAAAGCGGUAUUUCUAAUCUGGAUAUCAACGCAAGCGAACAGCGUGUUCUCAUUUUACAUCGCCUUCUGCACGCAUAAGAUAAAUCAUAUUUCAAUUCAUGUACAUUUAUGAAGCGGAUUAGGUGCCUGUUGUCUUGAUUCAAGAAUCCCGAGAACCAAGUUUACUGGUCCAAAAUUAUACAUUGAUUAAAUCGACAGGAUGAGUCUAGGUACUAUCGCCGGUGCGGUAGCAGGAGGCGCCACACUGGCUUCCUAUCUGAAUGCCAAAUUUCACAUUGGAAAAGAUAUCCAGGGUCUGCUUGUGCAAAGACGGGGUCUGCGUGAAUACAGCAAUGCCGCUGCCCAAGGACGCGGAAACGGCUGGUUUCUUUUCAUUGAGGCAGUCAAGAAAUACCCUGACAUGGUUUGCAUGUGGACUCGUAAUGGGGUCUAUACAUAUAGUGACGUUCAUAGACUCGCGAUCCAAUAUGCUCACUUCUUCCUGUCCAAGGGGGUAAAGCCCGGAGAUCUGGUGGGCUUUUACCUCCGGAACAGAGCUGAAUUUAUGAUCGCCUGGCUGGCUCUCUGGAGUAUUGGAUGUGGUACAGCGGCUUUCAAUUACAAUCUCUCCGGGGACGCAUUGAUACACUGUCUAAGGAUUAGUGGCACAAAGCUGGUGCUGGUGGAUGAUGACGAGGAGUGUCAAGCACGCAUAGAGGAGUGCAGAGCAGUCGCCGAAGGAGAGCUGGGGAUGGAACUGACGACUGUGAAUGAAUCCUUUGCAACAAAAAUAUCCAUGUUUCCCACGACAGCCCCGCCAAAGAGCUACGCAUUGAAUAUGAACGGCGGAUUCCCAGCAAUUCUACUCUAUACGUCCGGGACGACUGGCAUGCCCAAGGGGUGUGCGUUUACCAUGGAUCGUUUCUUCACUACUACAUUCGUCCGGAGGGGUAUCUUGAACGACACAGUAGGGCCCAACGGAGACCGGUGGUAUAGCUGUAUGCCACUGUACCACGGCACCGCAAGCAUUUGCAUGAUGACCUGUAUGGUAUCAGGGGUGAGCAUUUCUAUAGGAGAAAAGUUCAGCGUCCGCAAUUUCUGGAAAGACAUUCGCGACUCCGAGUCCACUGCUUUCGUUUAUGUCGGUGAAGCCGCACGUUACCUGCUCGCUGCACCACCCUCACCGCAAGACCGCGAUCACAAGAUCCGAUUAAUGUACGGCAAUGGUCUUCGUCCAGACAUAUGGGAGAAGUUCCGCGACCGAUUCGGUGUGCCCGAAGUUGGGGAGUUCUUCAACAGCAGCGAGGGAAUUUUCGGGCUGCUCAACUAUAACACAGGAGCUUUCACCAGCGGAAGUGUCGGCCACCAUGGUCUAAUUGCUCGAACUCUACUUCACAACACCUACGUGCCUGUGGUCAUCAAUCACGACACGGGCGAUGUCCUCCGGGAUCCCAAGACUGGCUUUGCAAUCCGAGCCACGUACGAAGAGGGAGGAGAAAUAAUCGUCGCCAUUCCCAAUGAAGCCGCUUUCCAGGGUUACUGGCGCAAUCCGGAAGCCACAAAUAAAAAGUUCCUCCGGGAUGUCUUCAAAAAGGGCGAUCUAUACUACCGGUCUGGAGAUGCCCUGCGUCGUCAAGAUGACGGCCGCUGGUACUUUUUGGACCGACUAGGCGAUACAUUCCGAUGGAAGAGUGAGAAUGUCGCCACCGCCGAAGUAGCCGAAGCCCUCGGCCGAUUCCCGGGAAUAAUCGAAGCCAACGUCUACGGCGUCACCGUCCCCAACCACGAAGGCCGAGCCGGCUGUGCGGCACUCCAGAUCAGCCCCGAAGCCAAGGACAAGAUCGACCUGAAGGCAUUCGCCCAGUUUGCCCGGUCCAAACUGCCCAAGUACGCUGUUCCUGUUUUCUUGCGUGUGGUCGAUAGCGCGAGCCAUAUCCACAACCACAAGCAGAAUAAAGUUCCGCUGCGUGAUGAGGGUGUUGACCCUUCGAAGAUUGGGACGAAGGUUCCAGAUGGCCAGUUGAAUCGGUUUUUCUGGCUUCCGCCUGGAGAGGAGGGAUAUGUUGAGUAUGGAAAGGGAGAUUGGGAGCGGUUGUCUGAGGGUAAGGCGAGAUUGUAG